AACAUAAGAUAAAAGAUAGAAAUUUGAUAGAUAAACUAUAAGUGAUUUCAAAUUCGCGAUUCUACAUCAGUACCCAUCAACAAUGAAUCUUUCAAUUUUCGUUUCCUGUUUAAUAAUUGCCUUUUCAGCUCGGCCUUUAGCCGCAAAGCCUGGAGUUCGCAUAAUUGGAGGAGACGAUGCACCCGCAGGACAUUUCCCUUUUGCUGCAGCAAUUCACAUACAAACUGAAACCAGUAAAUUCUUCUGUGGUGGAGCCAUAAUCGACCAUCAAUGGAUAAUAACUUCGGCACAUUGCGUCAAUGGUGCUAUUCUCUUUACCAUUCAGAUAGGUUCAAACAGCCUCACAGCUCCAGACCCUGAACGGGUGACUCUCGCCUCUUCUGAAUAUGUUAUUCACCCAAAUUUCGACCCAGAUCGCAUUGAAAAUGACAUUGCUUUGAUCAAACUCAGAAUGCCAGUCGCAUACACUUGGACCAUCCAGCCCAUCUAUUUACCUCCAGUUAGUCUAUUGAACAAUACCCAAGUCACAGUUCUUGGUUGGGGCCAAACCAGUGAUUCCGAUUCGUCACUUUCCGAGCACCUUAAAUUCGUUAAAGCGACAAUUUUAUCAAACGCUGAGUGCCAGUUGAUUUAUGGAAGUCAAAUUUCUGACACUAUGGCCUGUGUUGAGGGCAAUUUUAACGAAGGGACUUGUCGGGGUGAUAACGGUACUCCAAUGGUUGAGUACGUAAGUCGAUCGUUUUGGAUUGUUGGAGUUGCAAGUUUUAUUAGCGGAAAUGGGUGCGAAAGCACUGAUCCUUCAGGAUACACGAGGAUCUUCCCUUAUUUAGAUUGGAUUAGAAAUGUCACAGCGUCUUAACUGUAACAGUUUUAUUAUCAUAUUUGUGGCAUUAACUCAAUAAUAUAAUAAAUGAUUAAAGAUUAUUACACAUAAA